UGCUGUCAACUGUCAAAUUGUCAGCUGUCACUGUCACUAUUUCCGCUAACCUAGUUGUCGGCUACAUUUUUUUAAAAUAAAAAAUAGCCUAUUUUAUUUUUAAUUGUCACAGAAUUUGUUCGAUUAUUUGAUAUUUAAUUAAAAAGGGCAUAAAAUGCCAGUACCCGGAGGUGUUUACCAAAGUCAAGGCCCAUCAUGUUUUGAUAAAAUGAAGAUGGGUUUUAUGAUUGGAUUUUGUGUGGGGAUGGCAAGCGGAGGCUUAUUUGGUGGAUUUACAGCACUAAGAUAUGGAGCAAGAGGCAGGGAACUGGUUCAUUCAGUUGGAAAAGUAAUGCUUCAAGGUGGAGGAACUUUUGGAACAUUUAUGGCCAUAGGAACUGGUAUCCGCUGUUGAUAUAGAAUUAUUCAGUUCAUCAACUUGUACAUAAUAAAUAUUAUUUAUGUAGUAGCACUGUCUAAAAUUUUAAAUAAAUUUCGUUUGUAAGUAAAUACUUCA